AUGCGCCCAGGCGGCGCCCCCACCGCGGAGGGAGGCCCCGGCCAGGCCUUCCGGGAGUUCUUGGCCGCCGAGUUGGCCGAGUUGCAGGAGAGGUUGGUGGCAGGUUUCGAGCGGGGCUGCUCGGAGGAGUGGGCGCCCUCGCAGGGGCAGGCGUUGUCCCAGCGGCGCUCCAGCGGCGCCGCCGCAGGCGCAGUCUCGUGGGCCCCGGCGGCGGGCGGUGCGGCGGGCGCGAAGAGCGAGGGGAGGGUCCCGGCGCGGCGGAGGCGGUCCAGUGGGGGCCCGGGCGGGCCUUCCUCGUCGUGGGCCUUGUCGUCGCUGCCCGCUCCCGAGGACGGGCCAGAGACCAUGCAGUCUCUCCCCGCGUUCGAAGACGGUCUGGACGACUCUUGGAACGGCGUGUCCCACGAGCCCUCUGACGCAUCCUCCGCGUUCGGGUUCGGCAGUCCGCCGCUGCCGCCCCAGGCUGCCAACUGGGCCAGAGUGGUCGACGGGCUGCUGACAGAGCGCUUUCCAGCCGAGAUGGGCAUCGCGCAGCUCAUGGGCAGUGUGGUGACGCGGACUACCAGGCCGCGUUUACCUGGGUGUGUUGUGGUGGAGCAGAGUUUCAAACCGCAUUCGAUCUGGAGGCCUAUGAAGUUGCGCGGGGCGGAGAAUGCAAGUUCUGGUGAAUCCAACAGGUUCGCGGCCUCGCGAGUCAGUGAACACGACCACGAGGGCGAUACCCGCCUUGCGACUCAGCUUGCGAGUCAGCAAAGUGCUAUUGGAUACGAGUUCGAACAGAGAGGAGCCAUAAGCGACUGGAUUGUCAUACCUCCUGAUAGCGUCGGGCGAGUCGCAUGGUGCCUCCUUGGUGCAACGCUUCUCCUGUAUGAUCUCGUCGUAAUCCCGUUGGACACAGUUGGAUUGUGGACCUACGAAUUUUUUGCGUUCACGAUGCUAAACAUUUGCUUCUGGGCCCUGGAUAUUCCUUUGCAAAGCGUGACAGGCUUCCACCUUGCAACCCAUACUGAGAUGAGGAUUGCGAAGACAAUGUUGAAGUAUGCGCGCACUUGGCUCCCGAUGGACGUUGCCGUGCUCUGCCUUGAUAUCGCAUUCGCGAUCUAUAGUUUCACUUAA